AUGGCCGUUCCAUCCAAGCCCUUGACCAAGGAGACAGCCAAUCCUAAUGCUGCGACCGCCGCUGCCUCGGCCUUUAUGCGACGCGAGCCAUCCGUAUCCCUUUCAUCCGCUGCUGCCGCUGCCGCUCUCAAAGCUCGACCAGCGACACCCACCAAUGUAUCUCAGGUUCAGUCGAAGCGCGCUAUGCGCAGGAGCGCAUCAGUUUCAUCUACCGGGAGUCGGGAUAGAGGGAGAAGGGAACUUCAGAGGACCCCAAGCCAGAGUUCCAUGACUGAGCGCACCUUUCGAUCACCAUCGCCAUCGCCCGCGCGCGGCGCUCCUUCCAACACCCACGAUGUCCCUCCCGUACCCAAGCUCCCGAACCAUGAUCAUCUCAAGACUGAGUCGAAGCCCACAUCUCACAAGCGAGCCAUGAGCUUGCAGGUCCAGCCCUUUCAGACGGCCAGUCAAAAAAUGAAGGAUGGCCAAGGUUCAUGGUUUGGGGCACCGACAUCUGGAGACAUCUCCAAUGUGCGCCGGGCAGCUGUCGCUGAUAAGAGGGCAUCUGCCGAUUUGCGACCCAGCAGUCCAAGUUCCAUCAACUUCUCUUAUCCCCGUUCCAUGCUGGAGCCCUUGGCUGCAUCUGACAAUGCCAUGGUAUAUGAUCCCAACUCGAGGAGGAUGGUCCCCCGAGCAGAACUCCUCCUAGUGGAGCAACGCGUCAGGAAUGCAUCCGAGAAGCCAGUCCGACGGCACAAAAACGAGGGAUCAAGAAGCGGCACUCACCUGUCCAAGGGAACUGUCGGAAGAAUAAAAGGAACCGCUGUCGAACCCGCUGCCCCGCCACCCACUGUCACCAAGACUACACAAACCCCUACGGAUAUUUACUCUACGGUUACGCAAGAACAGACCCCAGAGCCGAAGAAAGCCCCACCACAGCCGCAACCAGAGCCAGAACCCGAGUCUGAGUCCGAACUCGAAUCCGACCUCGAGUCCGAACCGGAGGUCAAGGCCGAAACCAAAUCGGAUUUGUCGAGACAACAAACUCUUGUCGAAUCAGAGUCGGAAUUGGAAUCGGAAGUUGAGGAACCAGUCGAACCCAAGUCUAUCAGGGCGGAGCGGAUUGAAUCAAGUCCAGCCGCCGUGGUUUUACCUGAUGCUUCGGUUAGAAAACGACCUUCUGUGGUUCAUGAGGUUUCUGAUGAAGAGGAAGAGCCCGAGCCUCAACUUCAAUCUCAAUCUCAACCUCAGCCUACAACACAACCCGCCCCGCAACAUCGUCCAACAGAUAUCAUCGAUGCAGUACCUGUCAAGUCCUCCCAGCCGUCUCAGCCUGAGCCUAGUAAGAAGGAACAACAGGAGCAAGUCCAGCCGGCCAGUAUCCCAGCUCCGAUUGAAAAGCCGAAUGGAAGCAUUCGUCGGACACGUAUGCACUCGGAGAGCCCUGCACGCAGCCCUGGCCGGACUACGCACUUUGCGCCCACGACCGAUCAAUUACUCGUUAGACACGAACCCCCUCCCCGAUCUGUUUCGCCUCGGAAGUCUGCACUCAAGCAUGCAAGCCCAACGAGAGAUGCCUCCCCUUCAGAGGAUGGCUCAGAAGCCUCAAAUUCUAUCUCGGGCUUGAUCAGCCAAGAUGAUGGACUUUCUCGAAGGAGGAGCGUCAGGGUAAGCUUUGACGAUCAGAACACGACGGUAGUGGGAGAGUCUGCAGAACCCUCUGAGCCUGAACCAUCCCAAAUACCCAGCCCUCAGGCAAAGAAACCCUGGCACAACAUCAUCGGAAGAUAUAAGCGAGACUCGAUUUCUCUUGAUGACGAUGAAAAGAUGACUCCCAGACCAGCGCUGCCCUCGUUUGGUAGCAUUCGCGAAAAGAAGGCGAGGGAGACAGAAGAGCGACCUCUUGUCCGCCCCCUGGAAAGAUCACUCUCUCCGCCUUACCCUCCGGCCAACAAUCGACCGGUAGAGCUGGAACAGUCGAGUGAUCAUGCUAUCGGGUCAGUUCUAGCGCGCGAACAGUCUUCUCGAAACGAAGCCAACAUUUCCAAAUACAGGGAGCCAUUGCCUCUGGUAGUGACAUCCGUCGAGAGCAGCGGAUACAUCAGCAACAGCGACUUGAGCUCUGAUGUCGACUCUGAUGACAACUCGACGCCCAGCGACUACGUGCCGACAAUAUCGAUUACGCAACCCAGUCCUCGUAUCCCAGACGAAAGCCGACAAGACUCACCGCAAGACUUUUUCGACGUCCCAGGCGGAUUUCCUGAUGAAGUCAAAGGCGGAUCAGGUAGCUUAGAAAUAUCCAAUGCCAUUGAGAAUGCUUCUUCAACCACCAAACCCACCAAGACAGUUGUCAAGCCAGCACCGAUCACGCCUCAACGGUCAUUUGAGUCGACCACCAUGUCUCCUCCCAGUCCCCAAAUGCACGACAUUCAGGAAGAGUCGGAAGAAUCAGACGGGAGCAGCAUCUAUAGCGACGCCUAUGAAGACCUCUCCGAUAUCGAGGGUGAUGGCUUCAUGUCCCUGAAUGCCGUUGUCGAAAGCCCCAUCGAGCCGAUGCUUCCUAAAAAGGUGUUUGAGAAGGCCAUUGCGAAAUCCAAGGAGGCAUCAAAGGAGGCAGAUGCCUCUCUGGACGCCACGACGAAGAAGGAUGCGACACAGACACCCCUGCAGACGCCCAAUGACUGGGAGAAUGCCAAGGCCUACUGGAGGAGUCUGAGUGCUAAGGAGAGACGCCAGCUUGAAAAGGAGGCUAUGGAAGAUUCCGAUGAAGAGACCGCUCCUGUAGAAGUGGUACAGCCCGUGAAGCCGAAGCAGAAGAAGCACAAGAAGCAAAAGGCAGUGGAGAAACCACAGGAAUCACCCACAAAAACCUCAUCAGAACAUCGGGAUCCGAAUCGAGUCUACCAGAUCUCACCUGGCACCACCUGGCCCCGUGACGAGGUCGAGGAGCCUCGAGUCAAAGCUGUGGCAAAGGAAGUAUCCAAGCCAGCAGGAGGAUCAAAGCUUCGCAAGUCUAUGAGGGGCCAUGAAGCUGCAGUGAUUGAGCAGUCAUCACCGCCGCAAAGUGUCAGCAUGCGCAAAUCUAUGAGAUCUGGCGCUGCCUCUACACCAAGCCCUCAGGAAGGCCACUUUCGCAAGUCCCUUCGUCCAGAGCCAGAGGCUACGGCAGCCGCUGGUACUGGCAUGAGAAAGUCGCUCCGAGCCAAUGGUUCUCCUGCCAGUGUACAAAAGUCUUCCCCUGCUCCGAGAAAAGACUCUCGACCUGCCUCUUAUCAGCCAGCAGCCACGAUAGAGUCAGCCCAGGCACAUCGCCGGCACCACUCAGAGGAGAGAGCUCCUAUCGCGAAGCCAAGCCUUAGACGACAGGGCUCUGAUUCUAGCGAGAGCAGCUUUCGACGAGCUCGGGUUGGAGGCGGAGAAGGCAUGGGCUUUCGCAGAACCAUGAGAGGAAGCGUGCGAGACGCUCCAGCCCCUGCGUCUGAUGGUGGCAGGGGUAGUGGUCGAUUCAGUCUGCGGUCCUUGUCACCAGCUGGAUCAGCUUUCCGUCGCAACUCCAACACGAGUUCUCCGCCUCCCGUGGUCAUGAACAACCGGAUGCGUCACUCAUUGCGUGGUGACUCCAGCGACGCCAGCUCAUCUCGCAUGCGCGUGUCGGGCUUCGGCCGCAAGGGCAAGAAGGCUCGGGGCGGUAGCCGUUUCGAUGACUCGAGCGACGAAGACGAUGCCCGUCCAGCCUUCAGCAGUCGCUUUGUGGACUCGAGUGAGGACGAGGGUACUCCCACGCCGCGGCCGAAGCAGAAGAGAGUCCCUAGAACGAUGCGCAACCAGGCCUCGAGCAAUGCAGCUGCCGCCGCCAUGGGAGUAACUCCCUCUCACGUGGAAGACGAGGAUUCCCCUGACCUUCCAGAUAGCGAUGACGAGCCAGAGCAGCCCCAGCCAGCUGUAACCAACGGGACCACGAGUAUGAGUCCUCGUACGGCUUCUACACUGAAGCGGAGUGGUUCUGGACGAGAGAGCCUGGGGGCCUUGCCUCCUGCGCAGACUGCCGGGGAUGUUUCCAUGGGCCCUCGACCAAGCCACAAGCGCCGAGGCAGCUUCAUGUCGUCGAUCCUCCGGCGCAAGAAGGACCCCUCUGACAAGAUCUCCCGCAAUCACAGCGAGAGUGCUUCACGGAGAGACACUCGUCUAGAGCGCAGCACUGAAGAGCUCGCCGUCAUCCGUAGCAACAGCGGCAGCCACCCACACAACGCACGUCUCCAGAAGCGUGGAGCCAACUGGCCGCUCCAGGACGGCCACCACGCCCACGAGGAGGAAGACCGUUUCGACGACGGCUCUCAAAACACGUACGUCGUCGACGAGGAGAGACGGCCGUCCACCGCCGGCGGGCCCGGCCCAUCCCCAACCUCUCCAACAGUCAAGACGGGCUUCCUCAAACGCCGCAGCACCUCUCACAGCGCUAUUAGCGCUACCCAUAAUGCUCCCCCGGCCUCUGUCGACAGCAUCCCCGAAGGUUCAGAGACUGGGACCCCGAGGAAGAAGAAGUUUGGCACCCUACGCAAGAUGUUUAGGCUGGACGACUAA